CAGAAGCAUUUGUGCAGUUGGUUGCUUCCUUGGUCCCUGGUAUUCUUGACACUGUCUCCAGCGAUAUACAGCAGGUUAUGGUUGGCAAACGCCAUGGACCUGUUACUGCUUUAGCUGGGCGAGCUCAUCCAAAGAGCACAAUUUAUAUGUUCCCUGUUAUUCUUCAUCUUAUGGGAAGUGCAUCCUUCAAGCAUAGAGUUGUGACAGGCCAUGUAUUGCUUCAGUUGGCAAAUCUUAUUAAGAUUUUGGAGGCACCAUUUCAGGUAUGAUUUUUUGUGAACUUUAUGGAUAUUUCAUCCUUAUGAGAUGAGAGUAUGUUGAGAUUUUGUUCAUUAUACAACUGCAACUUUGGUGCUUGUCUUUUCAAUGUUUUGGAUCACAUGAACUUUAUGGAUAUUUAUGUGUUUCUGCCCUAGCUACCCAUGGCCAUGCUAAAUGUUCUUUUGGGAUUUCAUGUGUUAUUUAAGAACCUUACUGUUGAUAUAAAGGAUGUGAAACCAACUUCCCUGCUCAAAGAUCGUCUGCGUGAAGUUGAGGGAAAUCCAGAUUUUUCAAAUAAAGAUGUUACUGCAUCUCAAACCCCUGUGGUUGCAGAAGUCCCUUCAGGGACCAUCCCUUCACUAACUCAUAUGGAACAACAACCUGAGAUCAAUAUCACAUCCCGAGCUAUGAGCCUUCCAAAUAUACUUAAUCAGUAUGCUGCUCCUGGCCGUCUACCUACAAACAGCACGGUAGAAGAUGACAAAGUUGCUCUGAUUAUGCCUGAGCAAGUGCCCUCGUUGACCCAGGUUUUGCCAGCACAAACACAAUCAACAUCACCAUCUCCAUUUUCUGUUAACCAGCUUAUGGCGGCUAUUCCACGUGAAGAGAUACGUUUCAAAAUAAAUCCAAAGCUCGGCUCCCUUGGUCCACAACUGCAAUAUAGCAAAAUUAUGGAUUUGGCUUUGGAUAAGGCUAACAGGGAGAUAAUACUCCCUGUUAUUCAAAGAAGUGUGACCAUAGCAAGCCGAACUACAAAAGAACUUAUUCUGAAGGAUUAUGCACUGGAGUCUGAUAACAAUACGAUAACUUGAUCCGCACAUUUGAUGGUUGGAACAUUAGCCGGAAGUCUGGCACAUGUUACUUGCAAGGAACCUCUUCGUGUUGCACUAUAUUCUAAUCUUCGGAAUCUCAUUCAGAACCUUAUGAGCGACAGUGAAACUAUCGAGCAACUUAUUCACACGCUAAUCAAUGAGAACUUGGAUCUUGGUUGUGCCAUCAUUGAGGCUGUGGCAACACAUCAGGUAGCUUCUUGACAAUUCUAAUUCUGCUGAACUAAGUACACCUUUGACUUCUCCUUAAGCAGAUUUAAAAGCUUAAGGUUUACAAUCCCGGAUUGUUUUUACAAUUCUAAUGGAGUUGUCAGUUUUCUGGACAUCUGACAAUGAUUACUCAAAGAUAAACUAUAAUCGUGUUAAAGGCUAGUUGUGUACUACCACUGUCCUGAAAUGUAAUCGAUUUGAGUUUGUCCUAAGUAACUACAUUAAGUUUGACCAAGUUCAUAGAAAAGAGUAUUAAGUAUUAGUGGCAUUGAGGAGAUCAACUAUAAAAAUAUAUUUCAUAAAUGUAUGAGUUGAAAAUGAUGUUCAUCUAUUAUUGUAAAUAUUAUUCUUCUCUAUAAAUUUGCCAAAUUUAGGAUAGUUUGACGUAGAGCAACUCAAAAACAUUAUAUUUCAGGAUGGGUCUAUUUAUUAUUAACAUCUUCUGUCUGAUCACCAUUGGAAGUAGAUCUGGCUUGGGGUAUAGUAGAUUGAAUAUAGAGGUACAUGGGGUGUACAAUAUAUAGGCAAGGAUCAUCAAGUUUGACGUUGGCAACGUGGUCAUGGUGACUGGCGGGAGGAACACCGGGCGUGUAGGAGUCAUCAAGAACAGGGAGAAGCACAAGGGCAGCUUUGAGACCAUCCACGUGCUGCUUGGAGCUUUUUGCUAUGUCUAGUUUUCUCCUAUUUGUUGUACAGGAAAACAUAGAAUAGAAUUCAAAUUUGGUGGUCGCAAAAGUGUGGAGACUUUAAUUCAUAUAAAGUUAGGCUUAACAUUAGUGCAAACAGUUGUAUUUUAGUUUAGAUUUAGAGUACACUUAUGUAU